CUGAGUCCAGAUAGCCCAGAAGGGUCCGGCGGCGAACCGAGAUCCCAGCCGGCCAUCCCUCACCCCAUGCCCUAGGCCCAGGAAGCUAGAAUCACUCGCUCGCUUCGCCUCUCUUCGGUCGGUGGAUCCGUGGGGGGUGAGCCUGACUCUUCCAUCCAUCCUCGACUGGGCCGUGAUAGCCUCCCCCUCUCUCCUGUCCAUUGGUGGUGCUCUCAAGACCCAAGAGGAGGACGAACAAGAAGGGCAACAAUUUCGAGAAGAAGGAGACGAAGAACUAGUAGCAGGCCAGUGAGUGGGGGGGAGACCGCUGAUCGGAUUGUCUUCUCUUCUUGAACGAAGUUGUGCGUCUGGGCCAGCCUCGUCUCUGCUUCUGUGGCCUCUCCUUGCUCGCUCGCUCGCUCGGUGUGUAUAUAUAUAUAUUUGGAUGGGUGUGCGGGAGUGUGUUUCCAACCCCAAGAACAGCCCCCCCCCUCUCUCUCUCAGGCCCAAAGACCGAGAGACAGACCGAGAUUGGUUUGGCCAUUGGAGAAUCCCCAUCGCCCCCGCCGAACCCGGGUCUGAACCGCGCAUCGGCCGAGUCGCCUGAUCUCGAGUGAGUGUGGUUCAUUCCGAGUGUUUCGACCCGCUCCCCGGGACUGGGCUCCAUCCAUGGACUUUUUGAGCCGCCAUGGCUUGACCAGUGGAGUGCGUCAUCCUGGAGGCCAUGAUUGCCUGAUUGCUGGGCUUCUUUCUCCCUUCCUCCCUUCCUCGCGUGAUUAAAGGCGUGAUUGGUGGAUCGGGUGGGCGUGAUGGCGGCCACCAGUGUGAGUAGUGCCGUGUCCAGCUCGGAAUCGCUGUGGUCCCGAGUCCAAUCCUCGGGCUGUGCCCUGCCCACCGAGAUCAUUGACAAGUUGGCCGAAUUGGACCUUGAGCUCUCGGAAGGGGACAUCACACAAAAGGGUUAUGAGAAAAAACGGGCUCGCCUCUUGUUACCUUUUGUGGAAGAAGCGGAACGGAAGCAACGACAAGAGGAAAAUCGAGAGCACGUGCCUGUUGUGAAGGACACCACACCCCCUGUGGGAGGCGCCACAGCCUCCUUUGAGGCGGGAGGAGGACCACCCCAAGGUUUAGUACAAAGUCAAGUCGGCCAACAAUCGACAGCACCACCUGAAAUACCCGCAGAACCCGGACCUGCGCCAAAAAGUACCAACGGAAAAAGCUCAAAACCUCGAUCUAGAAACCGGCACAAAAGAUACACGCACAAUGAGAAGCGAUAUCAUUCGGAGGUCCGCCAAGAAGCCGUUCAGCAGGCCCUAGCGGCCAUGCAUGGUAAGACAAAGGCUUUGCCCUUACCAUCCAAACGCAGUUCCGUACUCAGAACUUCAGCUUUGGACGAUGAGGAUGAGGAGGGUAACAUUGACUCAGGCGAAUCCUCAAGUGGCGAAGAUGAUGAGGAAGAAAGCCUUCCUGGUGAAAGUGAACCCGGAGCAUCAAGAAACGGAGACGAUCAAAAUAACACCAUGGGCUCGACCACCAACCGGUCCAUCACCAUGGGCUUGAGUGACACCAGUAGUAACAACUCGAUUCCUGUGACGUUGGCCACGGGAGCCAUGCCCGUGGCUUCGCCUAAUCCCGCCAGUGCAAUUGAGCCAGAAUCUCCACCCGUGCUCCCGGCUCGUGUGGGCAGUUCUCAACACGUGGCUCCUCACGUGCCGAAUCGGCCUUUACCCGCUAGUCCUUUGCAACAGCCAAGCACUCCAUUAGAGGAUCGCCAGAGUACCGUGAGUGAGCCCUCGAGCGAGAUUCUUCCCGCCCCUCGAGUUCCCCGAUCUCGUGAAAAUCCGGCCCAAUCUCGACCCACAUCUCAACCCGCUGUUGUGGCCGCAGUCGCCAAGCGAAGCAGUGAGCGUGAUAGUUCAAGACACAAGCGUUCGAAUGAUCGCAAUGCCGCACGCAAUAGCAACAAACCACCCCGAGAAUCAUCCAGACAGAAGCGGAACGACAAAGAACAAAACCAACGAAACCAAAGACCUUUAUCUCAACACGAAGAUCAACCACUGCAUCAGCCACCCACGUCAACAACGGACAGAAUGAUGAGUGGAAACACGGCCGAAUACAUGGAAAAUCUGGAACCUUAUGAUGUCCUGUUUCUUAGUCAGCAACAGAAUCUAGGCAAACCUCUGCCAGGUGCUCUUCCCAAUCCAUCUUCCACCCCUGAUGUGGCCUUGCCCAGUCAAUACAUUGCCCAUCGACUUCGACAAAGUGGUCCCACGGGUCGCUUCCAUCAGAUGCAAAGCGGCCAAGCUCGCAUGUCAAAUUUGUCCGGAGGAUCUUCGGAUCUUGAUAGCCAUAUGGGUACGGCGUCUCGAUGGAAGGUCUCAGCCAAGAUCCAGCAACUUCUAAAUACAUUGAAAAAGCCAAAGCGGCGCCCCCUUCCAGAAUUUUACGAGGACGACGACAUCGAGCUCGAAAUGGCGGCCAAUCCCAAGGACCCCAAUGCUCCUGUAGCAGAAGGCUCCACCAUGGCUCCUGCCAAUGGACCUCAACUAAUUGUUCCCGCUGGAUUGCCUCGAAAUGUGGAAGCCGCCAUCCAAAGGUAUGGAUCAGCCACCUACAAGGCACCAGCGGCCACUGUGUUGGACCCCAACGGGAAACUCAGCAUCAACUUGACCUACGGCAAGCUUCUCAGUCGAUCCCAAAAGAUUGCCUACGCUCUGUUGAAUCGCGUGGGUUUCAAACCGAAUGAUAUUGCGGUCAAACCGGGCGAUCGGAUAGCCGUGAUCUAUCCUAACAAUGACCCGUUGAACUUCAUGUGCUCUUUCUAUGGGUGUAUUAUGGCUGGUACCGUGCCCGUGCCCAUUGAAGUGCCCAUGACGAGACGAGAUGCGGGCUCGCAACAAAUCGGGUUUCUCUUGGGUAGUUGUGGCGUGACCUUGGCCUUGACCUCGGAAGCCUGUUUCAAAGGCUUACCUAAAAACACCAAUGGUGAAGUCAUUUCGUUCAAAGGUUGGCCAAAACUCAAUUGGUUCAUCACUGAGCACCUCCCGAAGCCACCCAAGGAUUGGAUGGCUCCUCCACGCCUCACUGAUGACACUCCAGCAUACAUUGAGUACACCACUCAAACGGAUGGGAGUGUCUUGGGCGUGGGCAUCACUCGUUCGGCCAUGUUGGCCCAUGCUAGAACCCUCACGUCAGCGUGUAGUUACACAGAGGGUGAGAUCAUGGUUUGCGUCCUCGACUUCAAGAGAGAGGUCGGCUUGUGGCAUUCGAUCAUAGCUUCCGUGUUCAAUGGGAUGCACGUCAUUUUCAUUCCAUACGCACUCAUGAAAAUCAAUCCCGCCUCCUGGAUGCAAAUGGUGACUAAACAUCGAGCCACCGUGGCCAUCUGCAAGUCUCGCGAUCUUCAUUGGGGAUUGCUCGCGACCAAAGAUCACCGAGAGUUGAACCUGUCGUCUCUUCGGAUGUUGGUGGUGGCUGAUGGUGCCAACCCUUGGUCGCUCUCUUCUUGCGAUCAGUUUCUGUCCGUAUUCCAAGCUAAAGGCCUCAAAGCCGAUGCCAUGUGCCCGUGUGCGGCUUCGCCCGAGGGUCUCACCGUAAGCAUUCGUCGACCCGGACGAGAAGGUGCUAAUGCCACGGGUCGUGGGGUGCUCUCCAUGUCAGGCCUGAGUUACGGGGUAGUGCGGGUAGACCAGGAGAACUCCUUGACCUCGUUGACCCUCCAAGACUGCGGGCAGGUCCUCCCCGGAGCCUCGUUAACAGUCGUUCAUAUCGAGGGUGUGCCCACCCUGUGCAAAACUGAUGAAGUUGGUGAGAUCUGCAUGAGCUCUACGGCCGCGGGGACGUCAUAUUGGGGUCUCCCAGGCCUGACGAACUCCACAUUCCGUGUGAAGCCCGAAAACGACGACGCAACAAUUCCGUGGCCCGAGCACGAUUACAUCCGAACUGGCUUGCUCGGAUUCCUAGGACCGGGCGGGUUGGUGUUUGUCUGCGGGAGCCGUGACGGUCUCAUGCAAGUCACGGGUCGGAAGCACAACACGGACGACAUCAUCGCCACUGUUUUGGCUGUGGAACCCAUGAAGUUCAUUUAUCGAGGUCGAAUCGCCGUGUUUGCCAUUCGGGUGUUGCGCGACGAACGCAUUUGUGUUGUGGCCGAGCAAAGGCCAGACUGCACCGAAGAAGAGAGCUUCCAAUGGAUGUCACGCGUGCUUCAAGCGGUAGAUUCCAUCCAUCAAGUGGGUCUUUAUUGCUUGGCGCUCGUUCCUCACAAUCAUCUGCCCAAGACUCCCUUGGGAGGUAUACAUUUGUCGGAAACCAAGCGAAAAUUCGUGGAAGGGGUUCUCCAUCCAGCCAAUGUGUUAAUGUGUCCUCACACUUGCGUUACGAACUUGCCAAAACCCCGAGAAGUUCAUCCUGAUGUUGGGCCCGCUUCCGUGAUUGUGGGCAAUCUAGUGCAAGGAAAUCGUCUAGCCGCUGCUUACGGUCGAGACAUCGGAGGUCUCGAGGAGGAAGCAGCCGAUACUGGACGCCGAUAUCAGUUCAUUUCCGAGAUACUCCGGUGGCGUGCUCAGUCCACCUCCGAUCAUGUUCUAUUCACGCUUCUGAGCAACAAGGGAACCGUGGCCCAAUCCUUGAGCUGCUCCCAACUCCACAAAAAGGCCGAACGAAUCGCUUGUCUCCUGAUCGAGAAAGGACGACUCAACACCGGGGAUCACGUGGCCCUGAUUUAUCCACCAGGGGUGGAUCUAAUCUGCGCGUUCUACGGAUGUCUGUAUGUGGGCGUGGUCCCAGUCACGAUACGACCACCCCAUCCCCAAAACCUGCAGACCACCCUUCCCACGGUUCGCAUGAUUGUGGAUGUGUCCAAAUCCGCAGUGGUGCUCUCCUCGCAGCAAGUGAUCAAGUUGCUGAAAUCCAAGGAAGCCAGCAAUGUGGUGGACAUCAAAUCCUGGCCAAUCACUCUUGACACGGACGAUAUUGGCAAGAAGAAACUGCCCGGGAUCUAUCGGGCUCCGACGGCCGAAAUGCUGGCUUACCUCGAUUUCUCGGUCUCAACUACAGGCAUGCUUGCCGGAAUCAAAAUGUCCCAUGCCUCCACAACGGCAUUGUGUCGUUCGAUGAAGCUCCAGUGCGAGCUUUAUCCCUCACGUCACGUGGCUCUAUGUUUGGACCCUUAUUGCGGUUUGGGGUUUGCCCUAUGGGUCUUAAGCUCGGUGUAUUCCGGUCAUCACACCAUUCUCAUCCCACCCUCGGAAGUGGAGAUUAAUCCUGCCGUUUGGCUCACUGCUGUCUCGCAAUACAAAGUCAGAGAUACGUUCUGUUCUUAUGGUGUCAUGGAGUUAUGUACCAAAGGUCUAGGCGGUUCAGUGGUUCAGCUCAAAGCCCGCGGGGUUGACCUCUCCUGUAUUCGAACUUGCGUGGUGGUGGCCGAGGAAAGGCCUCGCAUUUCGCUUUGCAAUUCGUUCACGAAAUUGUUCUCUAGUCUGAAUCUUUCUCCUCGAGCCGUUUCCACUUCCUUUGGAUGCCGAGUAAAUGUGGCCAUUUGUCUCCAGGGGGCCAGCUCUCCCGAUCCAAACACAGUCUACGUGGACCUUCGAGCCCUUCGAAAUGACCGUGUGACCUUGACCGAACGGGGAGCACCGCAUUCCUUGGCCUUGAUGGAGUCGGGGAAGCUUUUGCCCGGAGUCAAUGUUAUCAUUGCCAAUCCGGAUACCAAAGGCCAGUGUGGAGAUUCUCAUCUGGGAGAGAUUUGGGUGCAAUGCCCUCAUAAUGCGAGUGGCUACUUCACGAUCUAUGGCGAGGAUGCAAAUUAUCAAGACCACUUCAAUGUCCGUCUAGUGACCGGUAACACGGGUGAAGUGUAUGCCCGAACCGGAUAUUUGGGGUUCCUUCGCCGAACUGAGGCCAUCGGUUCAGAUGGAGAUUAUCACGAUGCCGUGUUUGUGGUAGGCGCUCUGGACGAGACUUUGAUUUUGCGGGGGAUGCGCUAUCAUCCCAUUGAUAUCGAAAACUCCGUAAUGAGAGCUCACAAGCGCAUAGCUGAAUGCGCCGUUUUCACGUGGACAAACCUGUUAGUGGUGGUCGCAGAGUUGGACGGCCCGGAAACCGAGGCUUUGGACUUGGUGGCCCUGAUCACCAACACGGUCCUUGAAGAACAUCAUUUAAUCGUGGGGAUCGUGGUGAUUGCCGAUCCGGGUACGGUUCCAAUCAAUUCUCGAGGUGAGAAGCAAAGAAUGCAUUUACGGGAUGGCUUCCUAGCCGAUCAACUAGACCCGAUCUACGUGGCCUACAACAUGUAAGAGAUCCAGCCCAACUUACUUUGCGAGUGAUAUUCCAUUGUCUCCCCGGGAUAAACCAGCCGAUGCAAUAUCCAUGACGAUACAGCAAAUGUAACACAAAAGCCGUGAACGAGAUGUGUUGUAUUAGGUGACACCCCUGGCCCUUUCCCGCCCCUUCUUUUCCCGUGUUCAGGGAGUGUAGCUCUACCCUCAUAGCUUAAAAGCAUGUGAGAAUUUCUCCUCCUGCCUGCGUUUGUGUUUAAAAUGAUGAUGAUGAUGACCCGAAUGACUUGAUGCCCGAUUGUGCAGUGUCAUUUCAAGGUCGAAACUUUGCCAAAUUCCCCGAUAAAUCUCGAAACAGUAAUCCCAACCUAGUCUUUGUUCUGUUGCCCUUGGAACCCAAUUUCAAAGUAGUUGAAGAGCAUCAUCAUUGAAAAUCAAAUUCAAGCAAUUGUUCGGCAUUAUUGAAAUGAAAAGACUCCCCUAGCGCUACACGAAUGCAUACAAACGGUAACAAUCUUUUGUUUCUCAAUCGAUCUCUGUUGAUUCCCUCCUUCGUUUCUCAUCAUUUUGUUCGUUGUGAUUCUCUACCUAGUUUUCGGCUUCAACGUUUCAAAGCUCGUGGCAAAACUGUCAUUACACUCAUUUUUUUAGCCGCUUACUCGACUUCCUAUCUCUCCUCAGUAACUUCUUUCAUUGUCAUAAAUGUGAUCCUUUAUCUUCCUUAUUUGGUCUUGUGUAUCGUCAUGAAACAAAAACACUGCUUUCCUUUUGAACAGUCUUGUUUCGCAAAACAACAACCACAUACUAUAUAAUAAUAUUCUAGUAAAAUCAUCAAAUGCAUAACAUAGACACGCUAUAAAUAAUAAUGAUAAUCAUCAUAAUAAAUGUUUGAUCAUGCGUGAUGAUCUGAAUACUAAUUAGCUGCAAUAUUAAGAAAUAAACGAUUGUUCUGAAUCGCA